GCACGCAGUGACGGCUGACCGCCAUCUUGCUUCCCGAGGCGGCAGUUCCAGGUGCAAGCGCCGGGUUUGCCGCCCGCUGGGCGCCCCUGCAGCGGCCCGAGCAGUGGCCGGCGUGGAUGAGGGGCAGGCGAGGCAGGGCCGCCCCUCCAGUGUUGCCGUCCCUCCUGCCCCAGGGCAGGGCUGGGAGGCUACAGCCCGGGGGCGGGCCCGGGUCGCUUCCCGGCCGCCGCGUCCUCGCUGCCCCGGGCCGGGCGGGCGGGCGCCGAGAGCCUCCCAGCCCGCCCCGUGCCCCGCCCGCCCGGCUGCUUCCGCGGCGGCGACGCCCGCACAUGGGCUAGGCUGCCAGGAUGUUCAGCUUCGAAGGCGACUUCAAGACGCGGCCCAAGGUGUCCCUUGGCGGCGCGAGCAGGAAGGAGGAAAAGGCUUCUCUUUUACAUCGUACUCAGGAAGAAAGAAGAAAGAGAGAGGAAGAAAGGCGAAGGUUGAAAAAUGCAAUAAUUAUCCAGUCAUUUAUUCGAGGCUAUAGAGACAGAAAACAGCAAUAUUCCAUCCAAAGAAGUGCGUUUGAUCGCUGUGCUACCUUGUCACAGUCCGGGGGCGCUUUUCCCAUUGCUAAUGGCCCCAACCUUACCCUUUUGGUAAGGCAGCUUCUGUUUUUUUACAAACAAAGUGAAGACUCAAAACGUUUGAUAUGGCUGUAUCAGAACUUAAUUAAACACAGCUCUCUGUUUGUCAAGCAAUUGGAUGGAUCUGAGAGACUUACAUGCUUAUUUCAAAUAAAAAGAUUGAUGAGCCUCUGUUGCAGGUUGCUGCAAAACUGUAAUGAUGACAGUUUGAAUGUUGCACUUCCGAUGAGAAUGCUUGAAGUAUUUUCGUCUGAGAAUACUUACUUGCCUGUUUUACAAGAUGCUAGCUACGUGGUGUCAGUGAUUGAACAGAUUUUGCACUACAUGAUUCACAAUGGGUAUUAUAGGUCUCUCUAUUUGUUGAUUAACAGCAAGCUUCCAUCAAGUAUUGAAUAUUCUGAUUUAUCUCGAGUUCCUAUAGCAAAAAUUUUGCUAGAGAAUGUUCUAAAACCAUUGCACUUUACUUACAACUCCUGUCCGGAAGGUGCGAGGCAACAAGUUUUUACAGCCUUCACAGAGGAGUUUCUGGCAGCACCUUUUACAGAUCAGAUUUUUCAUUUCAUCAUUCCGGCGCUAGCAGAUUCACAGACCGUUUUCCCUUAUGAGCCCUUUCUGAAUGCACUGUUGUUGAUAGAGAGUAGAUGUUCAAGAAGGAGUGGUGGAGCGCCCUGGCUUUUCUAUUUUGUUUUAACUGUUGGCGAAAAUUAUUUGGGGGCCCUUUCUGAGGAAGGGCUGCUGGUGUAUUUGCGGGUGCUGCAGACCUUCCUCUCUCAGUUACCAGUCUCUUCUGCCAGCGCGAGCUGUCACGACUCAGCCAGUGACUCUGAGGAGGAGAGUGAAGAAGCCGACAAGCCCUCAAGCCCGGAGGAUGGCAGACUGUCAGUAUCAUACGUAACAGAGGAAUGUCUGAAGAAGCUGGACACAAAGCAGCAGACCAACACCCUGCUCAACCUGGUGUGGAGGGACUCUGCGAGCGAGGAGGUCUUCACCACCAUGGCCUCCGUCUGCCACACGCUGAUGGUGCAGCACCGCAUGAUGGUACCCAAAGUCAGGCUUCUCUACAGUUUAGCCUUCAAUGCCAGGUUUCUGAGACAUCUUUGGUUUCUAAUAUCUUCCAUGUCAACACGGAUGAUCACAGGGUCUAUGGUACCAUUGCUUCAGGUGAUAUCCAGGGGUUCUCCUAUGUCUUUUGAAGAUUCUAGUCGAAUCAUCCCACUGUUUUACCUUUUUAGCUCCUUGUUUAGUCAUUCACUAAUUUCCAUACAUGAUAACGAAUUCUUCGGUGAUCCCAUAGAAGUUGUAGGUCAAAGACAAUCAUCAAUGAUGCCGUUUACUUUAGAAGAGCUGAUAAUGUUGUCUCGAUGUCUUCGAGAUGCAUGCCUGGGGAUCAUCAAGUUGGCUUAUCCAGAAACCAAGCCAGAAGUUCGAGAAGAAUAUAUUACAGCAUUUCAGAGUAUUGGAGUUACUACUAGCUCUGAAAUGCAACAAUGCAUACAGAUGGAACAGAAAAGAUGGAUUCAGUUAUUUAAGGUUAUCACCAAUCUAGUGAAAAUGUUGAAGUCCAGAGACACGAGGAGAAAUUUUUGUCCUCCAAACCACUGGCUGUCAGAACAAGAAGAUAUUAAAGCAGAUAAGGUCACUCAGCUCUAUGUGCCAGCAUCCAGACAUGUGUGGAGGUUCCGGCGGAUGGGGAGGAUAGGCCCGCUGCAGUCCACCCUGGAUGUGGGUUUGGAGUCCCCGCCGCUGUCUGUGUCUGAGGAAAGACAGCUUGCCGUCCUGACAGAGUUGCCUUUUGUGGUUCCAUUUGAGGAACGAGUAAAGAUCUUUCAGAGGCUGAUUUAUGCAGAUAAGCAAGAAGUUCAAGGAGAUGGUCCAUUUCUGGAUGGAAUUAAUGUCACAAUAAGAAGAAAUUACAUUUAUGAAGAUGCUUAUGACAAACUUUCUCCAGAAAAUGAGCCUGAUUUGAAAAAGCGGAUCCGUGUGCACUUGCUCAAUGCCCAUGGCCUGGAUGAAGCUGGCAUUGAUGGUGGUGGUAUUUUCAGAGAGUUUUUAAAUGAACUACUGAAGUCAGGAUUUAACCCCAACCAGGGGUUCUUUAAGACUACUAAUGAAGGGCUUCUGUACCCCAACCCGGCUGCUCAGAUGCUUGUGGGAGAUUCUUUUGCCAGACAUUACUACUUCCUAGGCAGAAUGCUUGGAAAGGCUCUCUAUGAGAACAUGCUGGUGGAGCUGCCCUUUGCGGGCUUCUUUCUUUCCAAGUUGCUUGGAACCAGUGCCGAUGUGGACAUUCACCACCUCGCCUCCCUAGACCCUGAGGUGUAUAAGAAUUUGCUCUUUCUGAAGAGCUACGAAGACGAUGUGGAGGAGCUUGGGCUGAACUUCACUGUGGUGAACAAUGACCUGGGAGAGGCGCAGGUAGUUGAACUAAAAUUCGGUGGGAAAGACAUCCCUGUCACCAGCGCCAACCGGAUUGCAUACAUCCACUUGGUGGCGGACUACAGGCUAAACAGGCAGAUCCGCCAGCACUGCCUGGCUUUCCGACAGGGCCUUGCCAAUGUUGUCAGCCUCGAGUGGCUCCGGAUGUUUGAUCAGCAAGAAAUUCAGGUAUUAAUUUCUGGUGCACAAGUUCCCAUAAGCCUAGAGGACCUAAAAUCCUUUACAAACUAUUCAGGAGGCUAUUCUGCAGACCAUCCUGUUAUUAAGGUCUUCUGGAGAGUUGUGGAAGGCUUCACUGAUGAAGAGAAGCGCAAACUGCUGAAGUUUGUAACAAGCUGCUCUCGACCCCCUCUCUUGGGGUUUAAGGAGUUGUAUCCCGCAUUUUGUAUUCACAACGGAGGCUCCGACCUUGAGCGGCUCCCCACAGCCAGCACCUGCAUGAACCUGCUGAAGCUCCCCGAGUUCUAUGACGAGACACUUUUGCGAAGUAAACUUCUCUAUGCGAUUGAAUGUGCUGCUGGCUUUGAGCUGAGCUGAAGCUGAUGCUGGGGUCCGAUCCCUGCAGAGAACCAGUGCUUCCUUCGUCAGCAGCGCCUCCCCAGACCCACGAGGGCACUCCCACUGCACGCCUGAGGCUCUCCUAAGCUCCUUCUUUCAUUCUGCCAUUCCUCCCUCCCUUCCUUUUUUAAAUGAUUUUUAUUACGUUGUGGUCACUUACGUAGAUGGACAUUGCUUUUCAAAUAACUUAAAAUAACACGUUAUGUGCCAUGUGGCUACUUUAGUAAUAUUGCCAAGAAGAGCACAGUUUUUAGACUAGUGGCAUCUCAGUGAAAUUAACCAAAGAUGAAGCUUGGGCUUUGCUGAUGAGGUCAGAGGCCUCCUGAGCAGGCAGCGCCGCUCCAGGGUUCGGACAGGGCUGCGCAGGCGACAGAGAUAUGGGGUCUGAGGGCUGAGACGCCACGGGGCCGCUGCUGCUUAUGUGGUUGGAUUGUUUACAAGCCUCAUUAUUAAAACUGAAGGCAUUUUUUUUUUCUGCUGCCUCUCCCAAAGUGGUUAGGUUUGGAAAAGAGAUGACGAUGGUAAUAUUUUAUUUGUGCUUUUUAAGCCAUUUCCCCAAAUGGGACUAGCAUGCUUGUUUUCAGUAUACCAUGGCCUGCCUCAUGAUGGUUUGGAGAUACUGUCUGUGGAUGUGAGGUGGGGACUUCAUUCAUUGUCCUAUUUCUAUCUCCACUUUGUGCCUGGAGAGCUUUCAGGGGAGGUGGAGGGGGAGGGUCUGCCAAGCUACUGCAACAUCUGUCACCCACUAUACCCAGUUACUUGGGGGAGGACAGACACUGUGGUGUCAUUAAAGUCGUUUGAACCAAAGUGGCAGCUGCAUCUUUGUCCCGAUGCUAGCCGUGCCGGUCUCCCAUCAUCCGCUUGCCCUCCUUGCCCCUGGGCUGCGCCCACUUGUCUUCCUGGAUAUUUGGGGGUGACUCGCCAUGCUUGGCACCCUCUGCUUCCUGGUGCUGCUCUGACUCGAAGACGGGACAGUCCCUGGUGCACAUCCAGGGAAGAGGAGUGUCAGUAGUUCUUGCAGUAGGCACUUUAUCAGGACCCGACCUGUUGCUGGGUGAUUUUAGUCUCUACAAACAGAAAGCGUUUCAAAGCAUCAGCUGUGGGAGCAGAGUGACCCUUUGCUGAUGCUGGGGGGAGGGGAUCUAAAUCCUCAUUUAUCUCUUCUAUGUCUAGUAUUUUACUGUCACUGGAGGCUCUGUGGGCUGUCAUAGUUAAUUGACCAUAAUUAGCAAUAUACUUUUAAAUGUGGGAAAGCUGAAUGACACUUUUAAGACAAUGAACGUUAUCAAAACAAAAUGUAUAAUUUCUUAAUUUGAAUAAUAAGCGUUUAAAUGCUAUUUGUAGUCUUGAUAUACAGAAAUAAAAUAAUUAGGGUUGGUCUUUUUUAUUUUAGGUUGUUUUAUGUUGAAUGUUCUAUAUCUUACUAGUUAAUUUGUAUAUUUUAUUAUCAGUAUUUUGGAAAUAGCAUAUCUGAGACUGAAGAGAAAUUGACAAUUCACUUAUUUGUGGUUUUUUUUCUCAGCUAUUCUGAGCUUAUUUAUUUAUUUGUAUGUUCUAAUGGCUAAACAUUUACAUUAAAUGUUUUUUUUCCCAA